GAGGGCAGCAGGUCCUAAAGCAGAGCAGAAAGGCGAGCCACGGGGACAACAAAGGUGAGAGUCCUGAGACGGGCGAGGCUAGAAUAACACCUGGCUGGAGAUAAAAACAUGGGCUUACAUCACCAGAGCCUGCACAGCUGUCUGCCUAUCCGUGGUCUGUGGAACCGUGUGUUUCCCAGUGACCAGAGCAUGUGGAGAGAAUAAUAGAAGGGCCUUUCUUGAACCAGUGCACCUGGCAUCUCUGUCAAGGGAGAUGUAAAGCACCCAGGGGACAUGAAACACCCGGGGGGAAGAAGCACAGGGUGUUGCUACAUCAAAUAUUUCUACUGUGCCCUUCCUGGUCAAACUCAAAGCACCUCAUGGAGUCUGCUGGUGCAGAGAGGCAAGAGACCUGGGCUUGGGACCCCAUGGACUAGGGAUUAUUCGAUAGGAUGAAACAUCAUUUUUUAGUAGGCUGAGGCCCAUCGAGAUCUGAUAUCUCUCAGAGAAGGUUAACUGGUUAAUGCUGGAUGGGCCUUUAAUUUCUGCUGGCCUGAAUUCUCCCCCGCUCCUGCAAUUUUGCCUGUUUUGUCCUCACAGUGAGGUUUCACUUGGCUGUGCCUUGCUGCAGAGCUGCCGUGUUUCACUCCAGAAAAGGCUGCAUUUCAGUGACAGCGAGAGAGUCCAACCUUGCCAGUGUUGGAGGGAUGGGAGUUGCAGAGCCUUUGACUUAUUGAUCUUGGCAUGGCACGUGGGCCUUGCUGGAGCUGACAGGGAUGCAGAACAACGGGGAAUUGGAAGAGUCCCUGCAGGAAGCACCGAAGACGCUCAAGGCCAGGAUGGAAGUUACAGCAGGGGUGAGCGCUGAUUUUGGCAGCGUUUCUGAAGCAGUGAAAGGAAGCCAUCCAUGCUGGCUGGUUUGCAUGGGACUUGCAAGGCAGCUAAAAGCUGGAAAGGAUUUCCAGGGUCUCAGCACAAGGGCAGUGAAAGGCCCCAGGGAAGUGGCACGGGGGGUGGGAGGGUAGGUGCAGAGCAGCUGGAUCAGUCGAGAUCUGUGCCAUAGGGAAACCAAAUGGUAGAAUUCAUUGGGUUUUUUUUAUUUCAUUUGUUAAUUAAGCAAGAGCCCUCCAAAUGCAGCUGUUCUUUCUGUUCUAAAUGCCUGUUUGUAGGAAGUACCAUUUUGCUAUUGUAGCAUUGCUCACAAUCCCGGGACUCUGGCCUCUGCUCUGUUUAUUACCAGGGUGUUUGUCAGUGCCCGUGACGAGGUGCUGAAAUCCCCCGUGAGCUGACAAGGACACGAGCAAUGAGUGCGAUGGAAACAACAUACUAGACCAUAUGAGAGACUGUUGCCUGUGCCUUGCCUUCCCUGGCAUGGAGGCAGGCUUCCACUUUGCCUAACAAGGCCAUCUGUAAAGGGCUGUCCCAGUGGGUUGCGUGGAGCAGGCACCUACUGCAGAAGUCAGGCCAGCCAGCUCGCUGCAGCUCCCUGCCGCUCGCACGAGGCUGCAGCUCCCCUGCCAGCAUUUCCCACCUCCUGUGUGACUGAUGUCAGGGCUGGGAUCAGCCAUUGAUGGUUCCCAGAGCUUGGCCAUUGAAGAGGUGUUUCUGUCUCAAGAAGCUGAAGCGUGGCUGCAGCAGAUGGUCCACCAGAUGCUCAGACCUCCUGAGUGACCCCUGGGCCACAUCUUGGAGUAAAUGCCAUUUGGAUUCCAAGUCUUUAGACAAGUUGAAUUUCUUUUCUUCUGCUCAUGGACUGUUUUGAUCACUGUAGUUACAAACAACCUCCGCGAUGGGGGUGAAGUGGGGAUGCGACUGAGAAAAACCCACACGGGCGCUGCUCUGCAACAUUUCCCUUCCUGCCAGUUCCCUGCUUACUGACAGGCUGGAUGAGAAAUUUGAUAUGUGGGUGACCUUGCAUGUUCUCUCCAUGUUGGCUUUGGUCUGACUUAGUGUGCAUGUCACAAGCUCAAGGGAUAGUGCUCUGAUCCCACCCUUUCCAGUGUAUCCUUGGAUGGGCUUUGGCCUGUUGGAGAAAUCCUGCAUGAAAGCUUGCAAGAAAGGAUAAGGAAGAAGUUCACUUAAUGGUCGGAGAGUGGAGGAAAAGUUUCCAAAGGCUUAGGGCACAGGAGGUUUAAUCAACCCCUAGCUCUCCCUCUGGCUAGCUGAGUUUCUCCAUUAGCUCAACACCCGCCCUCCUGAUUUGGCCCAAGGGGUGGAAUGCUUGGGCCUCCGGGAAUGUGGAAGAGAUCCUUUCCCACAGGUGCCCCAUGCACAUAUUUAUAUUUGAAUUGCUCAGAAGCCUCUGCAGUUUGCACUUUCCAACAGCCGCACAGGCUCCUCUGGCCUUGACAGCCGUCCCCUUGUUAUUUAAGGCUGGGACAACUGGAGGCGAAAGGAGGUGUUGCUGUGCUGACAUGCCAAGCAUUAACAUGCUUAAAAUACCUACAAGUUGUGAAAAAUGUUCUUUUUAUUGUAACCAGCCGUGCUGAUGUCUUGAUUGAUCUUCCCCAUGGCACUACGAUUAAGGACUUCCUUCUGUUUUUCUCUUUUAUUUAAAUUGCUCGCUAAUUAUUUCUGUCUGUUUAUGAAUUAUGUAUGAGAGCAGAGGUCUGGCCAAGUUUGCACGAGAGAAAAAUGAGGGAUGGAGAGGAGAUGAUUUAAAUCUGGGGAAAGUUUUACAGUGAUGGCAAAUGCAAGAAAUUAAACUUUUUGGCUGUCUGCCUAUGUCCUUAGACCAACAUGGCUACAAGGUUCUUUGGGUAGAUGUCAUAUCUUUUAUUAGACCAACUAAAAAGUUGGAAAAGUUGUUCGUUGCAAGCUUUUGGGCACAUAUGCCCUUCUUCAGGCAUAGGGAAAGUCUGAAAUUAAACCGGGGGAGCAGAAGGAAACAAGGGAUGUGCUAAUGCCCCAUGGCAUUGGCAUUUCCUGAGCUUCAAAGCUCUGCCCACACAGUAAGUCAUUAAUCCUUACACAGCCCCUGAGAGGUGGAUACUUCUUUGCUGCUGCUACCUGCUCUGUUUGAGAUUUCCAGGGCAGAGAUGAGGGAGGAGGCUUGUGCCUGGAGUCCCUGCAGAGCCCAUAAUGUUUCAGGUGAGAGAUCAGGCUCUUGCUGGGCUCAUGCAUCCUCCAGAGUUGCUUAUUCAGUUCCUGCAGCAAAGCCAAUUCUGCCCCUGCCGAGGUCCGUGCUUGUCCAGCUGUGGGGUUUGCAGAAGGUGAACUUGGCCUGUGAAAUCUUUAUUACGGAUCAGGAGAAAAAGAGCUCAGGUUGGCUGUUCCACUGCAGGGUGUGUAUGCACAACUGGAAAGGUUUGCUUUAAAACUGAGCAUGUUUUAAUCCUGGACGUACCCAUAUGUGGGCCCUCACCCACAUCCAGGCCAUGGGUCUAAUUCUCUUCCAGGGGAAAUAGUACAUGAUACAAAGAUUGGGGUGGAAAGGCUGAGCUGCCCUUGGAGGAACUGCCAGUGAUGGGGACCGCUGGGGAAUAUCGGGGGGCAGAAACCACUGUUUGCUUUGACUGCAGGGGGGCGUUCCCAGCACCCCUUAAAGUGCAGGGGUGUCGGAUGCAGUGCAGCCGCACACGAGAGGCCUCUGAACAAUUUCCUGCACCUGAAAGGAGUUGCUCUCGCCAAGCAACUCUUGCGCUGUCGCCUCAAAUCCCAAGCAGUAGUGAGGACUUGAAGUCCUGGUGUACAGCUACUGGAACCCAAAUGCGACGCUGCUGUCAUGCGUAGCCGGCCACAAGACGGCAAAUAAGGUGAGGGCUUCUUUACCAGAACGUACUUGUAACCUCAGACUCGCCACUGACCUCUUAACGAACACCCUUUGUUCUGAAAUGAGUAGUGUUACUUAAAGCUCUUUAAAAGGUUUAUGGCUGUAUUUAAUGCCAUGUUGCUAUUCUAUUAAGCACAGCCCAACUCCAGUACUGGAUUGACUUAGCUCCUAGCACAAUGACUCAUGCUGGUGGUACCUAUAACUUUUGCCACUGGGUACUGAAAUCCGUGGUGGUUUCCCUUUCAAGUCUUAUUUCAACUCGUUGCUGCUUUAGUCAACAGGGAUGCUCUUCUUUUGCUUUUGAUGAAGACUUAAUGCCCUACUUUUGCUGUGCCUUCCAUUGGAGGGUCUCCAGUCAUGUUACGAGUAUUGCUUAAGCCUUCAAAAUACAUACUGUUUCCCAGUUUACAGCUGGUAGGAAACUAAGGCUCAGAGUGGAAAGAGAUUUGCUUAUCUAUUAUAAAUGACGGCAACAGAGCCGGGAAUAGGAGUCAGGAGCCUGGCUUCUGUGCCUGUGGUCUAACCACGUCGACUCCAUUUUCAUAAGAGCAGUCAGAAAGGGAAAAAGGGAAACAAACAAAAGAGCACUUGUUCGGGAUUAAAAGCAGCAAGAAGGCAAAAUAGAGACACUGAUAGCAUGGACGGCAUUUGCAAAUGAGAUUUAAUAGAUUUUAUCUGAGCAGCGCAGCGGCAGGAGUUGGCGAGGAGGUUGGUGUGCCUGUUGUUCUUUUUUAGUAUCCUCCCAUUUCUGUUUCUCCCCCUGUUGUCCCCAUCUUUGAUUGUGAGCUCCUUUAGGACCCUCUUUAUUGUGUGUUUACACAGCAUCUACUACAACAGGUUCCUUCACCAGGACGGGCUCCUAGGCACUGUGAGAACACAAUAAGGGCGGGAGAUGAACUAGAUGACCCAGCUCAUCUCCUGUUUCUAAGUCACUUGUUGUAAUGCCAGGAUCUUGCCCCUGCUCCUGUUGAAGUCCAUAGAAUGAUUCUCCUAUAGGUUUGGUGGAAAGAGGGUAAGUCUGUUUUGUGAUGUAUAGUAGAAAAGUUGCUCGUUAAUGCCUGGCUUUGUUACUUACAGCAGCACUGCAAUGGGGCGGAGAGCAUCUUUCGCUGCUGCAUUUGAAGACUUGGUGGCUAUCCAGGCACUGCUACGCAUGUGACCUGCACAUCACGGUGCAGAUAGAUUGGAAUCUGGAUCCAGAACCAUCUUCAGUUUUGCAAAAACUAGAAUGUGGCUUUGGCUUUCCAUCGGUGCUUGGUUUAGGACAUGAGAAGUACUCCAUAUUGGUACACGGGACAUGCAAGCUGACACAGAAAGCUCUUUUCUUCUGCUGGCAUCCAUUCUGUUUUGGGGGGUCUCGAGCCUCUGGCACCAAGUGACCCAGGUGGAGGCCACACUUGGCUCAGCUUCGGUCUUGACCGGUUUGGGUUCUGAUCCAGUUUCACUCUGGGAUGCACGGCACGUGGAUUUUCAUGGCUGUUCUUUGUACCCAACUGACCUAAAGGUGAGAGGAACUAUUUUGCAGAGCACCGUUUAAGAACUAAAUUAGUGAUAAAGGAGAAGGGGGCAGCAAUGGGUAAAGCUGCUGCUUGACAGAUAUCAGGUACCCGAAGUCAUGGUGAGCAGUUGCUUGGGUUCAGGAGGCUAUCGAGUCCUGCUGCAGAGGGGAACAAAGGAUUGCAAGGAAUUCAUAUGCUAUGUGACCUUCCUUCCCAACGCAUGUGGCACCUUCCUAUUUUUGGUGUGUGGGUUGACAUAUAAGUCUCCUGCUCCCAUCGGGACUAGAGAGAAGUGAUCAACCCAGUCUUCACGGCCCUGCGAGCUCCUUCAGUGCUUGGGGAUGGGUAUAUAUGAAGACAAAGGGGAACAGCUUGAUUUGCAGGCAAAAAGGGUUAUCCAGGAGGCCGAGUCCAGAGCUUCUGAGACAAGCAAGCAGCUUGAGCUUGUUUUUGCUGUGGGAGGCUGGCACCACAGGGACGCCGUCAGCGGGGUGGAACGUUAUAACCCCCUCCAGCAUGAAUGGAGAGUGCUGGGCUCUGUCUCUCGACCGCACCGUGGGGCAGGAGUGGCUUCUCUGCAAAACUGCAUCUAUGCCGUCGGGGGCUUUGAUGGCACGACGUGUCUCAGCAGCGUGGCGAGGUACGACCCCAAAGUGAACGAAUGGAGCUGUGAUGUGGCCCCACUGCGGGAAAGCAAGCGAGAUGUGGGAUUGGCAGAGCUGGGCGGUUACCUCUACUGUGUAGGCGGUCAUGAUGGAUUGCUCUGCCUUAGCACGGUGGAAAGGUACGAUCCGAGCGAGGACAGGUGGUGCAAGGUGGCCCCCAUGGCCAGCCGCCGGAUGGGCUUAGGCGUGGCAGUGCUCGAUGGCUACCUCUAUGCUGUGGGUGGCUCAGAUGGGCAGUCUCCGCUCUAUUCAGUGGAACGAUAUGAUCCCGUCGAGGACACGUGGUCCCCUUGCCCUCCUCUGGGGACGUGCAGGGAAGACCUUGGCUGUGCGACCUUCCAAGGGAAGAUCUACGCGGUGGGGGGCCGGGACGACCUCACGGAGCUCUGCAGCGUUGAGCGGUUUGAUCCAGUCUCCAACGAAUGGUCCCCUGCGAUGCCCAUGCAGUCGAAGAGGAAUAAGGUGAAAGCUGCUGUCGCCAACGGGUACUUGCUGGCUGUCGGGGGCUUUGAUGGCAUUGUGCACGUGACCACCGUAGAAGCAUUUGACCCGGACAUCAACAGGUGGAGGCUCUUUGGAAACACCCAGAGCUGUCACCCUGGCGGGGGUGUGGCUGUGCUGAACGUGACCCCCUAGGACCUGAGGACUUCCUAGUCACUGCCCUGUGCAGCUAACGUGGUUUUGUGGGUCGGUAGUUUAGACAAGGGAGAGGACCAGAGUAGCAGGGAGUAGGUAAGCUGUGGGAGGAGGAUGUCAUUGCAUUCAUGAUGGAGACCGAGCUCUCGGGCAGCCUUGCUGGGUGCAACUCUGUUCUGCUCCAGGGGGUUUGGGCAGGGGCUCCCCUUGCUCUGCAUGUCUCAGCCUGCAGUGAACAGGCUCGUGCCCUGAUCCUUGGGCUGGGGGUGGUGGGGUUGGGGCUGUCUCCAUUACGAAGUGUCUGUGUCCCGUGUGUAGCUGGUCUGUUGGCAGGACAGUCACGUGGGUGGCACUCUGGGCUGGGCAGGAAGAUUUGGGGUCAGGUUCCUGCUUGCCACAACUCUUGCGUACGACUGCAAGCACGUGUCACUCUUCAGUACGUAGAGACCUGGAUCUGGACUUGGCCAUCUGCCUGCUACUGUGGUGCCAUUAAUAAAGGCAGCCCACGGCUGUUCAUGACUCUC